CACUUUACGGCAGUCCUAAACUAUGGCGUCUCACUUCAGCGGUGUGCUACAGCUGACAGACCUCGAUGAUUUUAUCACCCCCUCACAGGAAUGUGUCAAACCAGUCAAGGUAGAGAAGAAACAAGGUAAAUCUGUGGCCAAAAUUCAAAUAGAAGAUGAUGGAAGUUAUGUCCAAGUCAGCCAGGAUGGUGGGAAGCAGAAGCUGGAGAAAGCAAAGAUCACCCUGAAUGACUGUUUGGCGUGCAGCGGCUGCAUUACUUCGGCUGAAAGUGUUCUUAUCACGCAGCAGAGCCAUGAAGAGCUCUUCAAAGUGCUACGUAACAACAAGGCCAGUGAGACAGAGCAGAAGGUGGUGAUUGUAUCCGUGUCCCCACAGUCCAGAGCCUCUCUUGCAGCACGCUAUGACCUCAGCAGCACUGAGGCUGGCAGGAGGCUUACAUCGUUCUUUAAAGGCCUUGGGGUUCAUCAUGUGUUUGAUACAAGCUUUAGUCGGACCUUCAGCCUGCUGGAGAGUCAGAGGGAGUUUGUGGAGCGUUUUCAGAGGAAGGAGCAGGACAGCAAGUGUCUGCCCAUGCUGACAUCGGCCUGUCCAGGGUGGAUUUGCUACGCUGAGAAGACUCAUGGAGAGUUUAUUCUGCCUUACAUUAGCACCACACGAUCCCCACAGCAGAUGAUGGGCUCUUUGGUGAAGGGUUACUUUGCUGAACAACAGGGUCUCAGCCCACAACAGAUUUACCACGUAGCAGUGAUGCCCUGCUUCGACAAGAAACUUGAAGCCUCGAGGUCGGACUUCUACCUGGACAAAGCGGAGACCCGAGAAGUGGACUGUGUCAUCACUUCCGGUGAGGUUCAGAAAAUGCUGGAGGAGAAAAAUGUUUCUCUAAAUGAUGUGGAGCCUGCACCCCUGGAUCCACUGUUUAGCAUUGUGAAUGGGGAUGAGUUCCUAAAGCAUGCUGGGAGCGGGUCAGGUGGUUACCUCCAUCAUGUCUUCACUUACGCAGCCAAGCAGCUGUUUGGAGAGGAGGUGAAGGAGCUCACCUACAAGACUCUGAGGAACAAAGACUUUCAGGAGACGACCCUAGAGAAAGAUGGGAAAGUUGUGUUGUGCUUUGCUUCCACAUAUGGCUUUCGCAACAUCCAGAAUCUGGUGCAGAAGCUCAAGAGGGGGAAGUCGCCAUACCACUUUGUAGAAGUUAUGGCAUGUCCGUCAGGUUGUCUAAAUGGUGGCGGACAGGUGAAGCCGUUACCCGGUCAGAACCCAAAGGAGCUCCUACAGAAGGUAGAGGAGCUCUACAAAUCAGAGCGCCCCCUGUCUCCAGAAGAUGACUCUCAGGCGGCUGAGCUGUACCAGACUUGGCUCCACAGUGUCGGGGAGGAGAGAGCCAAAGAGCUGCUGCACACACAGUACCACACUGUGGAGAAGAUGACAAACGGACUCACCAUGAAGUGGUGAAGACGCCCUUUGUCUCUACAGAAUUUUACUUUGAAAGAGCUUUUAUAAACGCACACUGACAGAGACGUCCAUAUUUCUGUCUCCCUUAGAAGGAAAGACAAAUAUGAGCAGGUUUUCCCACUUUUCUUCUUAUCCAGAAGAUGCCUGUGUCUGAAAAGCUAAAGGACCAUGGUUUAGAAAAAAGACACAAAACUGAAACUGAGGCAAAUCAUUUACAAGCACUGAUCAUUUGCACUGAUACUGACUGUCCUUUAAAUCAAUAGUACAUAGCUAGAAUGUUUGGCUCCUGUUACACCUCAGAAUGUAAGCCAAAGUAACACAAAGUUUAUCAUUCCUCGUUCAUUUCACUUUAUGGCUGUGUAUAUACAGAGAGAGAAAUAAAGACAGUAUUUAAUUGUA